CCGGCCGCCCGGACCCCAGUCCCCGGCGGGCGGGCGGGGUAGCCGCCGCGCGCCGCUGCGCUCGCCCCGCCGCCGCCGCCGCCCGGCGCGCCGCGAUGCGCAGAGGGGCCGCGCGGCACCAUGAAGCUCCGCAGCAAGGCGGCGGCGCUGCUCCUCCUGGCGCUGGCCGCGCUGCUGCUCGCGCUGCUGUCCCUGCGCGCCGGCCGCGCCGAGCCACCCGCGCCGGCCGCGCGCCCCGCGCCCGCCCCGCAGCGCCCCCCCGCGCGCCCCCCGGGCCCGGGCGUUCUCCCGGGGGCCGGCCCGGGCGUUCGGGGGCGCCGGCCCCUGCGUCCGCGCCCGCGAGCCGGUCGCCGGGGCGCCCCGAGCCGGGAGAAGUUGGCGAGGAGGCCUGGAGAACCCAGGAGUUUCCAAGCAGUGCUUCCUCCUGAAUUCUGGAUCCACCUGGCCGUGGUGGCCUGUGGCAAUCGGCUGGAGGAGACGCUAGUCAUGCUCAAAUCAGCUGUGCUGUUCAGCCAUAGGAAGAUCCAAUUUCAUAUCUUCACGGAAGACUCUCUGAAGCCAGAGUUUGAUAAGCAGUUACGACAGUGGCCUGACUCAUAUACAAAGAAGUUUGAGCACAGAAUCUAUCCCAUCACAUUUUCAGCUGGAAACCCUCAGGAAUGGAAGAAAUUAUUCAAACCCUGCGCUGCCCAGAGACUCUUUCUUCCGGUCAUUUUAAAGGAUGUGGACUCACUUCUCUACGUGGACACUGACGUUCUCUUUCUGAGACCUGUCGAUGACAUCUGGAAGCUUCUGAGGCAAUUUAAUUCCACCCAGCUUGCAGCCAUGGCCCCUGAGCAUGAAAUCCCCAAGAUUGGCUGGUAUAGCCGCUUUGCCAGGCACCCUUUCUACGGCUCUGCAGGAGUUAAUUCGGGAGUCAUGUUAAUGAAUUUAACUCGUAUAAGAAGUGCCCAGUUCAAGAACAGCAUGAUUCCAACCGGCUUGGCUUGGGAGAACAUGUUGUACCCUCUGUACCAGAAGUACAAGGAUGCCAUCACCUGGGGAGACCAGGAUUUAUUAAAUAUCAUUUUUUAUUUCAAUCCAGAGCGUCUGUACGUGUUCCCCUGCCAGUGGAACUACCGUCCCGACCACUGCAUGUACGGAAGCAACUGCAGAGAAGCUGAGCGUGAAGGUGUGUCUGUUCUGCACGGGAACCGAGGCGUCUACCAUGACAAUAAGCAGCCGGUUUUCAAAGCACUCUAUGAAGCAAUACGUGACUUUCCCUUUCAAGACAAUCUCUUUCAGUCCAUGUAUUACCCACUUCAGCUGAAGUUUUUGGAGACUGUGCACACUUUAUGUGGACGGAUCCCACAAGUGUUUCUGAAGCAAAUUGAGAAAACAAUGAAAAGGGCUUAUGAGAAACAUGUCAUCAUCCAUGUCGGCCCCAACCAGAUGCACUAAAUGUUUCAUAUUGCUGCAAGUCAUUCAGGCAUCUCACAAACAAGGAAGUACUCAUCUUUAAGCAGCCUGGAUCUCUUUUGUGUGAAUAUUUAAUGGUGCUCUAUGACAAUUGAGUUUGAAAACCCAGUUAAAUGUUGCUAAAUUAGUUGCCUCUGAAAGAAACAUGCUUUAAUAUUUUUCUAAAAUGCUAUUUAUCUCUCUCUAGGUUACAUUAUUAUUCAUUUAACAUUGUUCAAGCAGGUUGAGCUAGCUGUGAAAAGGAACUUUUGUGAGCCUUCCAAUUCUUGUUAAGUGUCUGAGACAAUGUUGGUGGCAUCUGGCAUGGUAUUUUUUUAAUCUAGUAUUUCUGAGACUCUAUGCAAUUGAUUCCCCCAUACCCAUGUUAUAAAAGUAAUAUAUGCUUGUAAAACAAAUUUUAAAGACUUCUGGAGAAUAUAGGUCAGUGGACCAAAAUCAAGGUUAGAUUAGCCAUAAUAAUCCUACCAACCAGUGAAAAAGAUUUUUAUUUUAAUAUAGCUCCUUCCAGCCCUUUCCCCCCACAUCUGUAUUUAUUUUGCUGAUUGCCUUUUCCAUUGUAAACACAUAUCUAAAAUGGGUAGUUUGUAUAAAAGCUGGCCCUUACGCUGAGAUUUUUAUGUAGGAAACUAAAAAGUUAGUACUUCAUUUGAAAUAUGUCUCAUUCAGAUUUCAGCAAUUGGGCAGUGUUAAAGGAUGAAGUACAUCUGGGUGUGUUUUUAAGAAAAAUAAUUUAGAUUUGUGGAAGACUAAAUCAUAAGAAAUGUCAGUUUAACCAUAGCUUCUGAAAGGAAAGUCAGUAAUUGUGUUAAACUAAGGGGUCUGUUUAGCAAAGAGAUGUGAUUUUCUGUUUAACCACAGGCAAAACCGUUUUAUCUCUUACCUGAGUAGCUAUGCCAUCUCCUUUAAACUCUUGGGCAAUAGGUGGAAAUUAAUCCACCUGCUUUUGGCCAACUUCGAAAUUAGUGUGUACAAAAUAGAUAGUUCAGCUCAUUUCAUUGGCAAGAAUAUUAAGCUUCUUACCAGCCAUAGAAAGGUCUCUAAUUUUUUUUUUUCUUCUCUAAGGUUACCCAGAGGUUAGCCAAGGAACCAGGCAGGUCUUAUCACCUGGCUACAGUAGAGGAAGUUCUAUAUUCUUGUCCCCCAAGGGAUCUGACUUAAUCUCUAGUUGCUUAUGUAGCUGGUAUCAGCAUAAGGGCAUUUUGCAUAAUGCUUUAUUUAUCUCAAAAAACUUGUUCAUAAAUGAUCUCCUUGAUGUUUGCAACUGCAUAGUGAACUUAGUAGGGGCCUGCUAUCAUCUCCAUUGGGCAAAUAAGGAAACUGGAGCACCAAGAAUCAAACAUACCCCAUAGAAUUGCUGUUCUAUAAGACAUACAGGUAUGUAUAAGGUGUGCAGUGUUUCACAGAGAAAUUUUGGAAACAAAACUAUUAAAUACUUUUCAUCAUAUAUGGACAGCAAUAUGAAAGGAUAAAAUGAAAAAUAUCAUUUUGUUAAUGCAAAUACAGUAUCCUGCAUAUUGGAAUCCAGUAGAAUAUCAUAGAUUAUUUAUCAGCAGAAAAAGUCUUACCCUGAAAAAACAUGGGAAAACCUCAGUGCUAAAAAUAAAUAUGCAGAUAUCAAUAUUGGUAUGUAGCACCAUUAUGGUAGUAACAAAUUUAAAUCUAAAAUAUUAGACUUUCUUUUUGAUAAGUUGAGUGGCCUAUGGUUUGUUAUUUUUGUUAAGGAAGUUGUCAUUAUGAUGUGAAAGUCUUUGCUAUUUUAUAUUUCUUCAUUUCACCACUAAAGGUGACAUCAUUAUUUUAUAUCUAAAGACUGUCAGACAAUUGUUGGAUUGUCUUUUGGGAAGGGGAAAAUGCAUCCUAUACACCUACAAAUAGGGUUUUGGUGAAAGGUGAAGGAUGUGAAUAUGAUUCCCUGAUUUCUAUUCCAGUUUCCUUUCUGCUUGUUCAGCAUGGCCAGUAAACCCCACAAUGCCCUCAGAUUUGUUAGUGGUUCACAGACCUACGGAAGUGUCCCAUUCCUGCGCCCCUGCAAACUCCCCCCAAAAAAUAUGCUGUAAACACCUUGAAUACAACAGCUCCUUUUCUUUUGUGACACCAGGUUUACCCACAACUCUCAACUAUUGGUUCUGAUCCGAAUAUGCACAAAAGGAUUCCCAGCAAAGGUCAGUGAUAGAACUCUAGAACAUUCUAAAAUGAAGCAUUACAAAAAUGUGAAGAUUAGAAUAUGGUGUGGUUUUCUGCCUGGGGAUUUCUUUACUGUAUCCUGAAACUCUAGGUGAAUGUAGUGGAGAAUUUAGAGAAAUUUGCUCUUCCAAUCCCUGCUGCCUGAUAAUGGGUAUUUUUCUAUAGUUAGGAUGUUACCAUGAGGCAGUAUUUUCUCUGCCUCUGGUAAUUUCUGGAGAACUACUAUACUAAUGCCUUGAAAUCUGGGGACCACAAAUUUUAAUUCAGUGGACUCCUACAAGGUGCAGCUGUGGUCUGAGGUUUGCCAGAAGUUGUAUUGUUCUGUAUGGCACAUUGAAUCUAUAUGGGAAGAAUACAGUUCUCUCCUUCCUCCAAUCCUGUCCUGUUCUCUCCUCUUCCUCCUUUUUUAAAAAAAUUCUGUUUAAUGCAUAUGACUACAGAGUUCCCAUGAAAAAUGAAAUAACACUUCCUUAUAUGCAAAAUGUGGCAAUAUUUUCAUAUAUAUUGAGAGGGAAGCUUUCAAUAACUGGGUCACUAGAAAUGCUGAUGCUAUUUUUCUUGCUGAGUUGUUUUUUUUUCCCCAAUAUAAAUCACAAAUUGUGACUUACCUAGAAAAUUCCAAUGUUUAAAAAAUUAACUGGCUCCAUAAUCAGCUCCCGUUUUUCUUCAACUUCCAAAAUGACAAUUUAGCAUUUAGGAUAUAACAUGCCCAAGUUUACUAUUUAUUUAAAAUUUCUGUUACAUAUUCAGUGCUUCCAUUGCAAACUGUUGUGACCUUUACUGAAGUUGCUAUUGAAACGGAUAUUUAUAAGGACUCAUGAAAGUUUGAGAGUAUUUAUCUUAUUGCAAUUGUGGUGUUCAUAAGGCAAGCAAACUGCACAAAACUUUAUUCACAGUCGCAAAAUUGUGAUCCAAAAAUGAAAUAAUCACUCCAACCCACCCUGAAGACAGGACAGCAUUUGCAAAUCUAGGAUUAUGUGUACAUAUUGCCUGACAUUUAUACAAAAAGAGAUAAAUUGCCUGUGUUGGAUAAACCGGCAUGAACAUGAUUUCAUAACUGAAUUCAGAAAUAUGUUUAAUAUCAUGUGCGUACAAAUCUUUAUAGCCUCAUUGAUAGUAUGGUAAGCAAUCCUCCUUACGUUUUUCUGUGUCUUGACUACUUUUUCUUCAUGCUCCUUUCCAUUGUUGCCUCUCCCUUCCUGUCUUUGAUGUAAGCUUCUGAAUGGUACCAAGAGGUUGGGCAUGGGUGGCAGAGUGACAGAACGUGGGGAUCUCUGUGCAGGUAGAAAUAAGUUCUAAUCCUUAGGUUGAAUCUUUAGGAUAAGAAUUUUCCAAACAUUAAAAAAAAAUCACACAACGGACAGACACAUACACACACACACACACACAUGCACAUAUUUACACAUCCCAUAUACCUUUUAAAGAGCGAGCCAGCACUUACUGUGUUCUGUGAACUGAAGAAUUAUAGCUAGUGACAUCCUAGGUCACAUUAUUUUGCAAUCGCAGUGCUCGUAUUUAAACCUGAUGAGAUAGAUCUCCCUGGUAAACAAAUUUAUCCUAGUUUUUGUCUGUCCCAGGUCAAAAGUGGAAGUAUUCUCUUGAGUCUUCAAGAUAAAGCCCUUGUGUUUGUCUCACCAUGUGCAUGAGCAUGUAAGAAUCAGGUGCAAUUUCUGCUUCCUCAGUUUUACAUGUUUGUGUGGUCACUGAGAAGUGUACCCAUUGUUUAUUGCUCCCAGGGAGACCCAAAGGUAUUUUUCAUGUCAGAAAAGUUAUUUUUUAGUCAUUUUUCUUUGGGAAGAAAUGAGCAUAAAAAAGAAUUCCCCAAAGAAAAGAAAUUACUACAGCAAAUUAAAAGGGAUAUAAGUAUUAUGAUUUAAUUAUUAUCGUGUUUUUUAAAAUGCCAUCUCUUGUACUUUUUUUUACAUUAAAAGCUUUAAAAAAAGAUGUGUCUUUUGGUGUUAUUUUGGGAAUGUGUUUUUUAUAAGAUUU